CAAGUGAGACCUGCCAGAGACAAUUCCCUCUGAAGCCUGGAUAAAUCAACCGCAAAUGGCUGCGCAUCUCUUCGGGUGUUUACGGUCAGAAGAUAAUCGACCUCGUAGAUGGCCUCUAAAAUGGAGGCGUCAACCUCCAAAAAGACCGUGAGCACUUGUCGCCAUGAAGCCGCACUCAACCAGCUGACUUGUCUAGUCAAAUCCAUGGAUAAGAUGAGAAAAUUGGGUGAACUGUCUGAUGUUACUCUGGUGGUUCAAGGGAGGCGCUUUCCUGUCCACCGACUAGUUUUGGCGGCUGGAAGUGAAUACUUUCGCCUUAUGUUCACUGGGAACUUGAUGGAGUCUGAGUCUCCUGAGGUGAGCCUACACGAAGUGGAGCCUGAAAUUGUUGAGAUGCUGAUCAACUACAUUUACACAGCAAAAAUCGAGCUAAACAACGGAAACGUCCAGUCGCUACUGCAUGCAGCCAGUCAGUAUCUGAUUGAGCCCGUGACGGUGAUGUGCGAGAAGUUUCUGCAAAAAAGGAUUGACAUUACAAACUGCUUCGGCAUGUGGGCCUUGGCACACUCUUUGAAUUGCGAGGGACUGAAGGUGAAAGCUGAAGGGGUUCUCCUCAGGCACUUCAGAGAAUCAAGCAUGUUGACGGACUUCCUGCAACUUCAUGUCACCUGCCUCACAAGCAUACUUAGGAAUGACAGACUUCGUGUCUCUGAGGAGCAGAUCUACGGCGCAGCCUUGCGCUGGUUGAACCACGACCUGCCUAACAGACAACAGCACUUGGUGGAGGUGUUGAGCUGCGUUCACUUUCCUCUGCUCUCCAAAGACUUCCUGUCCCAAACUGUGCAGCCUGAGCCCUUGAUUGCAGACAGUCCACAUUGCCUCAGCAUGGUCACUGAUGCCAUUUACUCCUGGAGGGAGCGCAGGAACGUGACGGUGAAUUUGAGGGCUCAGCUAAGAAACCCCCCCAAAAUUGCUCUGUUUGGACACUUGCAGCCUGAUCCCUGCCGCUACUUCAACCCUCAGGAUUCCAAGUGGACAGCCAUCCCCUGCUCCUUAGAGAAACGCUGGAAUGCCACAUCCGUGUACUGGAAUCACGAGGUCUACAUACUGGGAGGCUCCACCUGCCAGGGUCUUGAAAAGCGCGUGGACUGCUACGAUAUUCUGCUUGAGACGAUGCACUCCAGGAUAGACCUGCCCUGGCCCCGAAACAAGCUGGCUGCCUGCGUCUUUCAGGGAAAGAUCUAUGCUUCAGGUGGAAUGUUACAUGAUCGCUCCACUGCGAGCCUCUUUACAUCCUUCCACAUAAACACUAACUCAUGGGAAGUUGAAACGAGCUUGUUGAGCCCCCGCUGCUGCCAUGGGUCGGUGGAAGUCAACGGACUCAUUUACGUUUGUGGAGGAGGAUGGAUGGACACCAGCUUCAAGAUUAUCAACACCUUUGAGGUGUACAACCCCAGCACCAGACAGUGGAUGGAGUUGCACCCUAUGUACAGGCCCAGGAAGAACCAUGGGCUGGUAUGGGUUGGGAAUUGGAUCUAUGCCAUCGGAGGCAAAGGUCACGAAGGCUUUAUAGAAUCUGUGGAACGGUACAACAUCAGGAAUAACUACUGGUUUCCUUGUGAAUCAAUGCCAUUGGCUUUAAUGGUGAAAUGCGUCGCCAUUAACGAGAUAAUCUAUGUGCUGGCGGGCAAAGGGAAGGAGGAUCUCCGCCACAUUCUCAAAUACAACACCAGAACUGACAGGUGGAAGACCUGUUACAAUGUGAAAGCCGCCCCAUACCCAGGCUCUGUUGUCUGUGUGAUUGACUAAGGAAUCUGUGCAUUUUAUAUUUGCAUCCAAUAAAUAUUUUCACCAAGA